AUGGGGAAGGAGCGCUUCGUCUUCGUCCUGCUCGUCUUCUCGUGCUGUUGUUCUUGCUCCCGAUUCGCAGAUGCCUACGACCCGAUGGAUCCGAACGGGGACAUCACGAUCAACUGGGAUUUCCAGAGCCUCGAUACCAAGGCCGCCGACACGUACACGGUCAUGGUGAGCAUCCAAAACCACCAGCUGUACCGGCACAUCGAGCAGCCGGGGUGGCGGCUGAGCUGGAGCUGGGCCGGCAAGGAGGUGAUCUGGGACGCGAGGGGCGCGGAGGCGACGGAGCAGGGCGACUGCUCCCGCGUCGGCGGCGGGAGCCGCCCGCACUGCUGCCAGAAGCGGCCCGUCCUGGCGGACCUGCCGCCCGGCACGCCGUUCAACCAGCAGGUCUCCAACUGCUGCCGCGGCGGCGUGCUGUCGUCCCUCACCCAGAACAACCUCACAUCCACCGCCGCGUUCCAGAUGGUCGUCGGCGACUACGCCGCCGCCAGGGACGGCGGCGGCAAGGAUGAGCCUGAGAUGCCGUGGGGCUUCGACAUCGGCGUGCCGGGGUACUCGUGCAGCAACGCCACCAAGGUGCCCCCGACCAGGAGCAAGGUCGACAGGAACCGCCACGUCCAAGUGCUCCUGACGUGGCGGGUGACCUGCUCGUACUCGCAGUACCGGGAGGCGGUGGCGCCGUCGUGCUGCGUCUCCCUGUCGACGUUCUACAGCAGCGGCAUCGUGUCGUGCCCGCUCUGCAGCUGCGGCUGCCAAGGCUCCCCGACGUCGCCGCAGUGCGUCAGCAGCAGCGGUGUGCCGGCGCCGCCCCCGCCGGCGGCUGGCCGCGUCGACGACGACGAGCCGCCCGCGCCGCUCGUCCGGUGCUCCGAGCACAUGUGCCCGAUCCGGGUGCACUGGCACGUGAAGGUGAACUACCGGAGGUACUGGCGGGUGAAGGUGACGGUGAGCAACUACAACCUGGUGCGGAACUACAGCGACUGGAACCUGGUGCUGCAGCACCCCAACCUGCGCAGCCUGACGCAGCUGUUCAGCUUCAACUACAAGCCCCUCAUCGAGUACGGCACCUUCAACGACACGGGGAUGUUCUGGGGGAUACGGUCCUACAACGAGAUGCUGCUGCAGGACGGGAACGUGCAGACGGAGAUGAUACUGCAGAAGAGCGAGGGCGAGUUCACCAUCUCGGGGGGCUGGGCGUUCCCGAGGAGGGUCUACUUCGACGGGCGCGAGUGCGUCAUGCCGCCGGCGGACCAGUACCCCGCGCUGCCCAACGGAGCGGCGGCGACGCGGCGGAGCUCGCUGGCCGCCGGCGCUUGCAUGGUACUGCUGUCUUUCAUUGCUCUGGUGUAGCGUGUAGGAUUACGCGUAACAUGGGGGACGUGGCCACCACCACAUCUUCACCGGGACAAAAAGGUCACGGGAGAGAAGAGCGAGUGCAAAAUCAGGCAGACGUAGUAGUGCUGGUGCCAUUAGCUGCCCUGCAAACUGCAAGUAGCAUGAUUGGGAUUUGGGAAAAUCUGACCCUGACGACGAAUGACGAUGAGGGCAUCCCAAUGCAGACUCCACACAUAGAAUCUAAGCCUCAAAACUCCAUCACAAGAAAAUAUAAUUCCCAAUGCAAAGUGUGUUACUUUAGUUUAUGGCCCACUUGUUUCUCUCACAUUCAUUCUUGAUUUGCGUGAAGAUUUGGAGUCUAAAUAAGACUUGGAGUCU